AAAUCAUGAGGGUCCAUACAAAAUUGAGAAGGGUGAAAAUAUAAAUGAUUUCAUAAUAAAGCGGUCCAUUUUUCCAGAUGUACACUUUCUUCCUUUAUAUCUCCUCUCUCUCACAAAUAAUUACGCACAAAUUACAGUGAUUCUUAGAUUUCCAUCUUUUUUUUAGGGUAGUUGGUCAACCUUUUGCCUUUUGGAUCCUAAUCAUUCACUAAUCACUUCUCAUCAAUUUUAUUUUUCCAAAGUUAUACAAUAUUCAACUGUUUCUAUGGUAUGCAGGUGCAAAAGGUGUAAUUGGGGGGCAUAGAAGGGAGUUAAUGAAAGAAUUGGGUGAUAAUUUUGUUUAAUUGAAGAGAUGGGGUCAUUUAAAGGUCAUGUAGUGCCAGGGACACUGUUUUUGGUGGUGGGUUUAUGGCAUAUGUGGUGUAGUGUGUACAGAUAUGUGAGGAGUCCGAAUUCGUUUCGGAUCCGGGUAUGGAACCCGGUGCCGGGUUUUGAUGGGAGGCUAAAGUACUUGGAAUUGUAUUUGGUGGUGAUUGGUGCUUUUAUUGAUUUGUGCAUAGAGCUUGUGUAUGCACCUCAUCUUAAGUACUUUGUAAAUGGGGUGUUGAAUCCUUCUCAUAUGAAUAAUUUUGAGCACUCUGGUAUGCUGAUCAUGUUCUUCAUCUUCGGCCUCGUCACUCUCAUAUCAGUAAAGACCAGCAUUCUUCCCUUGCCAGAUGGAGCACUUACUUUGAUUGCUGCGUCAGCAUUCUCUUCAGAGUACCUGCUGUUCUAUUUCCAUUCUACAAAUCACAAAGGCCUGGAAGGCUAUUAUCACUAUAUCCUAGUUGUACUAAUAGGCUUGUGUGUUCUAACUAGUGUUGUUGGCACUCUUGUCCCAUCAAGUUUCCCACUUGAUUUAUCUAACAGCAUUGCCAUAACUCUACAAGGCCUUUGGUUCUAUCAGACUGCCUUCACCCUGUACGGCCCCAUGAUGCCGGAUGGUUGUCUACUUAAAGAAGAUGACAUUGUAUGUCACUCAACAGAGAGUCUAAUCAGAGGGGAGAUGCUUGCAAAUUUCCAGCUAUUUUCAAUGGUUAUUGGUGUUUUUGGUGUAAUAUCUGUGUUCUAUAGUUUUGCUACUUCAACUUAUGGACAUUCUAGUCAGGAGAGCUUGCAGACAGCUGACGGUGAUUUGUAGAUAUUAUAAGUAGGGAUUUUUCAUACAAAGUUGAAGGUGGCAAUUACAGCAAGGGUAGUCAAGUCAACCAAGACAUUUCAAGGAUGCAGUAACCAUUUGCGGAGCAAAUUUUCUUGAUUGUGCAGUAUUUCAUUUAUUUAUAUACGUGUAGACGUAGUACUCUUAUAGUCCUAAAGAAUUUGCUUAAGGGGAGCAUGUGAGUGCUACAUAUUCUUUUCUUAGGGGUAGUGACACAUUUUUGUGUUGCACUUAUCUUCAACAAGAUUCAAUAAUCGUGAUUGUCUAUUUUGCGCAGUAUUUUGGUUCAUUGAGAGCUAUAAA